AUGGGAAAUCCAAGUCCCAAGUACUCCAAGCCCGGCCAGGUCCUUGUGAAGAUCAAUGGCUCGUGGAUUUCAAAUGCACACACUCUUUUUGCGUCGUUGGCUUUCAUUGGUGCCUUGAUCACCGGCAUAGCCCUUCAUUAUAAAAAAAUCGUUCAGAAUGAACAUUAUGGAUUUCCUGAUGAAUGGUUCCCUUCAGUUUCUGCAACCAUUGGUGACAGAUAUCCCGAGCGUUCUGUUUUUAUGAUCUUCAUUGCUAUCACAUCCGGUCCUCGAUUCCUUCUUGUUGGCUUAUUUUAUCUUCUCGCUGCUAAGCCUAACUCGAUUCGACCAAAAGUCCUUCUGGUGACUGGUCUCCUUCGCACAAUUUCUUGCGGUGGAUGGACCUAUGUGACCUCAACCGACGACCACGACUGGCAUGAUAUUUUCAUGAUCACCUAUCUUGUUUUGACUCUUCCCUGGACUAUCAUUGGCAUCAGUUUGACCCACUCUGAUUCAAAGUCGCUUUUUUACCGCAAGGUUUUUGCUUCUUGCUUCUUUGGAACCUUGGUCCCCCUGAUUUACUUUUUCAUCCAGCACAAGGUCCACAAGAUUGCAGGCGCAUACACAAUUUACGCCUUUUUUGAAUGGUCUUUGUGUAUCUUUGAUGUGGCUUUUGAUGCUGCCACUUUUUACGAUUUCCAGGCUCUCGAACUUAGAAUUGUUGACGUCAAGGGUGUUACUGAUGCUACCCAGUACGCUGCCCCUACUAAGGCCAACCCUGCUCUCAAGAAGUUCCAGGGCAUUAGCUUUUUCAGCUUCUUGGUUGGAGUCAUCAAUUCUUUUAUUUUCUGGUCCGUUUUGACUUCCCUUCCUCUUCUCAUUUGGUACUUCCCUCUUUGGUACAUGGGAAUUAGCGGCUACGAGGCUUUCCUUCUUUCCAUUGUGGCCCCUGUUUUACUUUGUAUCGGCCCGUUUUUGACUCUCUUUUCCACAGUCCCUCAAUUGGCAUACCUCGGAACUAUAAUUGGUGUUGCUUCUUUCUGGGCCCACAAACCAGAGCUUCGGCUUGAACUUGUUGGUAUUGGUAGCGGCUUUGCCUUCAUUGCUCUUGCAGUUCAAUUUUGGAACAUUUCAUCCAAGCCUCUGCUUGGUCUUCACCGUGCAACCGCCUUUUCCAUUGGUCUCUUGGCUAGUUCCAUUGCAAAGUAUGCCUUUUACACAAACAAUCCCAUCUGGCCCAUCAUGCACAAGGAAAACGGCGGUUGGAAUGUUACUGGUAUUGUUAUUGGCGUGAUUGGAGCAGUUUUGGUUACACGCCCCCAGAUCCGACCCUCUCCUGCAUCUACGGCUACUUCCAAGGAAUCCGCUCUUGCGGCUGGCGCUGGUUUUGGUGGCUUGAUUUUUGCACUUCACACUCUUCUUUCUGAUUCCACGACCAUUAUGCUUUGGGGAUGGGAAGGGUUCCCUGUGCGCGGACCUUUGGCCGUGCCACACGGACUCAUCACUUUUGCCGUUAUGGCGUUUGGAAUUUACAUUGGCAUUACGAGACGCGCCUCUACAGGGUCAUGGCCAGCUUACUUUUUGGGUUCGGCCGGCGCUUUUGUCAUGUACACAUGCCCUGGAUGGAUCGGAUACAUUGGCGGCAUGAUUUUGGCCGGAUACUUGAUGAGCAUUGUGCCUGUCAUUUUGGAAUCUGCUGGCAGACACCAUCCUGCUGCGUCGUUUGGGUUUGGUGCAUUUGUGCUUGUGCUUUUGUACUUGGCGCAUGUGUGGAUUGUUGCAUACGCCUUUGUCCCCGGUGGACCCUUGUUGCGGGAGCGCAGCGACAUUGUUCUGAUUCUGCAGCAGGUGGCCAUUGGACUGGGUAUCUUUUCUUAUAGACGAAUCAAGGUGUCUGCCAAUACGGCCAUCUCACAAUCUGGAUCGUCUGUGACUGCUGCUCUCACGAGCAUUGCUUCACAGGCUUUCAAGACAUUGACUGUUUUGCUUGCGAUUAGCGCUGCCAUUACAUUUAAGCGUUUCCACCGGGAUGCCCCUAAGCCGUAUCACCCUGAGGAAAAGCUUAUGACUGCUGCAAUCUGGACGGUUCAUUUUGGUCUUGACAAUGACAUGUGGGCUAGUGAGGGCCGUAUGCGGGAUGUUAUCAAUGAGCUUGAGAUUGACGUUAUUGGGUUUUUGGAGUCGGACACUCAGCGCGCCAUUAUGGGACAUCGCGAUUUGACGCAGCAGAUUGCUGAGGAGCUUGGGUACUACAGCGAUUUUGGACCCGGUCCCAAUAAGCACACCUGGGGUUGUGCGCUUUUGUCCAAGUUCCCCAUUCUCAAUUCAACGCAUCACUUGCUGCCGUCUCCUGUGGGAGAGCUUGCACCUGCAAUCCACGCGACAUUGGAUGUUUACGGACAGCCUGUUGAUGUUGUUGUUUUCCACAGUGGUCAAGAAGAAGACCCUGAGGACCGACGUUUACAGAGUCUUGGUGUUGCGGACAUUAUGCAUGGCAGCUCAAAUCCUCUUGUGCUGCUUUCUUAUCUCGUGACCAAGCCUCUGGAGGGCAACUACAACACGUAUGUAAGCGAGCAUUCUGGUAUGCACGAUGUGGAUCCUUCAGACUGGGAUCGCUGGUGCCAAUACAUUUUGUACAAGAACAUCAAGCGCACCGGAUAUGCACGUGUGAGCCGGUCGACCAUCACGGACACAGAAAUCCAGGUGGGCAAGUUUGUUGUUGGGGAGCCGGAGAACACAAGCAACAAACAGAUUCCGGAGUCGCAGGUGCCUGAGGGUCGGCGGUUCCCAGCGCUGUUCCGUGGGGAUGGCGUGCGGGGACACCGGUACCAUGUGUUUGACGAGCCCCGGUACUUUGAGUGA